UUGAAGCCCAGGAGAUAAGGCAUCUAAAAAUAACUUGCUUUUUGCCAUACAAACAGGUAUUCGUAUUUAGAACUAGUUCCAAUUUGUCUGUCUCACAAGCAGAGUGUUUUCCGCUUAAAAAUUGCUUUAUUUUAAAUUAAUAAAUUUUAUUUUUUAUAUAUUUGUUUACAAAAGUGAAUAUGAAUUGUGAUGAAGCAGGAUGUAUUAUUCUCCCUCGUUCAACCUGGUAAGCCUCGUAGCAGUAUUGGGUGAAUUAAUGGGUGUCUUAAUAUGGUCAACUGCCCUUUACCAUACCAGUUGGAAAAAGGGUAUCUGGAAACGUCUGUUUAUCGAUAUUGCAACACUAGAAGACGCUAACCACCUCAACACUAGCAAAAGCUUGGAAACGAACAUAUUUAAAAGUGCCACCCUUCAACUUAUCCUCACAAUUUUGAUGAUAAUGGGUCUUUUCUCUUACGAACCUUUGGUCCAAAGUAAUCAGAAGGUAUUUUUAUAUACGACGACCUAUGUAUACUUUUUUCUACAUUUCUUGCUGUCGUUGAUUAUUGGAAAUGUAGCUGUCAUUCUAAAGUUGAAAUUUGAAGAUAUUAAUCAGCUCCUUUCAACAUACGAAUACGAGAAUGUUACUGCAUUAAUAAAAGGGACCAAGAAAGUGAAAGACUUGUACGCUUCAAUGGCAGAAAUAGUAGAAACAUUUAACAGGUUGUUCGGGCCUCAGCUGUUCCUCAUGGGUCUUCACUGUUCGUCACAGAUCCUUCAAUGGAGCGUCACUUUAGUCUACAACAUGUUCUCCGAUGAUAAAGAUGAUGACUACGACAGACUAGUAGUGGGAAUAAUAUAUAUAAUAAUGAUGUUGAUUUGGUUAGGUAUCACAAUGUUCUGUUGUGAUCUGGCUGUAGUGGAAUCUGAAGAAAUCGUCACUAUUUGUUACCGAAUACAGAUGGCCCAUCCAGUUUUUUCCGAACCUUAUCAAAACAUCAAGAAUUUGCUUUAUUUAGUGAAUAACUCCAAGAUUCGCUUUACGGCAAUGGAUUACUAUGAGAUCAGUCGUUCGACGAUGUUCGAUCUGAUUGGCACGACUGCUACAUACUUUGUAGUACUUAUACAGUUUUAUGACGGGAAGAAAUAAAGAUCAGACUUAUGAUAUACUAGAAAUGAAAAGGAUACCUAUUUAAUUAUGUAUGAUAGAUUUAUUUAAUAAAUAUUCCAAGAAA